CUGCCCUCAGCCUGGAAGGGACUGUAAGGCUCUUCAACCGGAUAUCCCUCGUCAACCUUAUCAUCACUAAUGGAAGAUCCUAAUCUUCCUAAGCCCCAACGAUUACCUUUCCUUUGUCUCUGAGUUUUGUUGAUAGAAAUGGAAGACUUUGACGAUGAUUUUGGAGAACUUUACGCUGACGUUGAAGUUCACGGGACUUCAGCUGCUGAUGACGUGCCCGAUUUUGCUCGGUUGUACAUAGAACCCGAAGAAGAUGAUGGUAGUGAUGACACGAGGAGUCAAGAUGCUAAGCUUAGGGAGGAUUUUGUCUCGGACGCAAUGAAAGUUGAUGCUGAAUGUGGCGAAUCAACACAUUCUGGCGGUCAGGUUUCGGAGUCCAAUGAUGAUAAGGAGGCGAAUGAUGAUUAUAUUGGAAGUGACAGUGAGGAUGAUUUGAAUAUAUUGUUGAACGAUGAGGAUUGCCCGCGUUUCCCAGUGGGGGCUGUUUGGAACGAGGGAGUUGUGAGAGGGGUUGGUUAUGAUGAGGAUGACAGUGAUGAAGCUGUAGGCCUCACUGAGGGUAGCAAUUUGGUUAGGAAUGGGAAGUGCGGAGAUCAACUGGCUGAUGGAGCUGAACUGGUAAGUUCCAAUGGACUGGAAGUUCAUACUAGAAGUGGGCUGAAAGGAGGAUACAAAUCACAGUUUUUUCACCAUAAGUAUGUAAGGAGAGGUUCAGCGCUAGUGAACAAUAUGAAAGUCAACAAGUCUAUGGGGCUGGUUUCCUAUCCUUCUCCCUAUACUAAAGGUGGGCGCAAUGGUAAUUCAUCUAUCCAGAAACAGUUAUCAAGCUCCUCUCGCAUUGCACAUGUAUGUGCUGCGGCAAAUCCAAUGGUGGUUCAAUGUGGAUACCAAUCGUAUCUUCCUUGGCACUGGAGUAUAUUUGAUGUAAACAUUGAUACAUUAGAGGAGAAGCCAUGGAGAACCCUUGGAGUUGACAUAACAGAUUAUUUCAAUUUUGGUUUUGAUGAGAACUCUUGGAAGAACUACUGUGCAUCACUGGAGCAACUUUGGGAAGCAUCCACGCAAACUGGUAGUGCUGUUAAUGGGUCUUCAAAAAUUAAUCUGGAUGCCACAAGAGAGCAAACUGAACAAUCUGUAUCUGGGAGUUUACCUUCUCUUUCUAUGGUAUGUGAGCUGCCAAAAGGCAGAGCAAUUCAGGUUGAGGAGAGCAUGUUUGAGCGCCAACCAUCCAUGGAUAUAAGACGUCCACGCUUUAGGGAUUCUGAUGUGGUGAUACAGAUCAAGGUGCUCGAAUCCUCUGAUGGUUAUUCUGGUUCUGGCAAUAGCAAUGUGCAAGAGUUAUGUGAAGUGGGGGAAUUUGGUGCAGGCAAUAAUGUAAAUAUCCCCAGUUCUCUCAGCAAACAUGACAAUGAGGUCUCUCAAGAGCUAUUGGAAGAUGUUAAAAAUUCAGAAGACUCUUCCACUGAGGAAAGAAAAGAUCCAGUUUCUGGUGUUGGUAAAAAGGAACAUCAGGAUCAGAUGGAGAAACGUUCAGAAGAUUCUGCAGAAGCAUCAGAAGAUGAGUUAAAAGCAGAGGAAGCUUGCACCACUGAUCAAUGCUUGAUUGAAUCACAACUAUCAUUUGGUGACCACGACCUUAGCUUGACUUCCUAUUCUGACAGUGGAUCUGAAAACAGUGUACAUGCUGACAAUGAGAUAAGGCACAACCAAAGAAGGCAGUUGGAAAAAUCUGCUACAGACUUGAAAGAGUCUGCAUCAUCGGAUCGUAAGAUCCUAAAGAACAGCAAUUUCAACAGAAAACCAGAAAAUAUGGAUUAUUAUUCUAGAAAAAGUGGUCCAAUUCGACGAGAAUGGAGGCCUCUAAACCAUAGCCAUGACCCUCAUUCUAAACUGCAUAAAUUCAGUAAGAAAUAUGACGCCUUCUCCAAGCCUGUGUCUGAUGCUAGGGAGCUGUCUCUCCUUGAUACCGAAUUUCUUAAUUAUAGAAGGAAGAACGUACAACUGCAAGAUUAUGGCGGUCAUAAGAGAAGAGAUGUUUCAUGUUGUGGGGAAACAGAACAAUCCUACCACUAUGAUGAUGAAAAGGUAGUUGAUGAUAUGGCUCACGCUGUUCACGCUAGAUCUUGGUAUGGGGAAGAUCAUGACAGCUUUAGAGAGCAUACAAACCGAGAUUUCAGAAGGGACUGGGAUGAGAGGGAUUGUCUUUUUGAACAUAGAACUGUGAAGAAGGAUCAUGAUGACUGCGAACAAGGUUGGUAUCAUGCUGAUGGAGGAUACUCUGCUGGUGAAUUGAGUCCUCUGUCUUAUAGGGAAUCCAGGAAAUUUAUGUCAAGACGUUGCUCUUCACCUGCCAGGGAGAGGAAUAUUCAGAGGAGAAGAAAGCAUGAGAAGCCCUAUUUGAGGGACAGAAACAGUGAUAAAGAUAAUUGGUUUGAUGAGUGCGGGCUUGACUUCAUAGACAAAAGCUAUACCACUUCUAUUGAGAGAGAAGUGGAAUUAUUAGAUAGUAAAUAUGAACAUCAGUUUAUAGAACGGAAAAGAUCUGUCAGAAAGGCAAGACAUCAUUUCAGGCCUUCAUUAGAAUUAAACAGCUUAUGGUCUGGGAGAAUUGAGGAUAAAUGUCAGGAAUACGCUUGUCAUCAGACUUCAAAUUUGCCCUAUUGUAGACAAUUUUAUCCAGACUCUCAGAAGAACUAUGUGUAUCAAACAGGAGUAAGUGAAUCUAUUAGGGGUCAUGAGAGACAUAGACCCGCUAGGGAUGGCAGAGGCAGUGACUGGUAUCGUAAAAAUAUUGAUGCUUCAAACGAUGGAGAUUUUAUGAUCUAUCCUUCAAAAGGAUGUGAGUUGGGGAGUAGAAGAUACAGUUCCCCAUCCGAAGUCCUGGACUGGAUUGAGGAUGAUGUUAUUUUAAGGCAUCAUGAUACAUUUCAUGCUGAUGAGGAAGCAUUGUCCUAUGAGGAAACAUCUUGGCAUAAAGGGACUCGUGCAAGAUAUGAAUCUCUGCAUGAUGAGAUGGAAAUUGAUGAUAUACAAUUCCAGCAUGAUUACUUACAUAUGCCAAGGAGAGAUAGUGACAAUUAUGUAAAAAGAGGCUAUAAGAUUACCUGUAGUGAUAAGCGUGGGCAAGCAAAGUGCUGGAAUACAAUUGACUUUGUUAAAGGGGAUGGAAAGUUUCAUGGAAGGAGUUCCCGAACUAGAAGUUUGAUGUGCAGUGGGAGGAUUGAAAACUUGGGUCAGGGCAUUUCCAAGAAGCGGACAACUUCUAUGGGUUUAUAUAAAUCCCAUAACGAGAAAGCUCCAGAAUUUGAGAGUAGCCAUAGUGGUAGGAAAAGGCUUCAUAGCAUUCCAGAUAAGGAGCAUAAAAGUUUAGAAGCGGAGGAAGGUCAGAUGGUGACAGAAGAGCCAUGCGUGGUGCCUUCUAUGAACAAAAGGGAUCUUUCUGAGGGCGAAGCACUGACUGGCUGCGAGAAGAAGAGGAUGCCUCCCAAUGAAAAUAAUUCUGAGCUGGACAGCAAUAUAGGUGGUUUUGAUAACCAAAGGCUUCUUGCGACAUUAGCUAAGAUGGAGAAACGUAGAGAGCGCUUUAAGGAGCCUAUUGCAUUGAAAAAAGAAGAGAAGAGUAUGAAGCCUGAUGAUAACUUGGUAGUUGGUACAGAUGAAACGAAGCACCUGAGGCCACUUCGGAAGCGGCGCUGGGGUGGUAAUUGAAUUCCUGCAGCAGUUCAAGGGCUUCUUUGUCCUUCAAUUUUGACAGAUUGGUAGGCAAAAUAUAAUGAGGUGAUCCACGAUUUUUUGCUCCGAGUUUUAUUUUCUUGGCAAAAUGCGAUUAUAAAUGAUUUGACAUUUUUACCACACUUUGGCAAGGAAUAAGGUCUCCACGGCCUAGAUAUCAGGGAGAAUUUGUUGAAAGCUCUGUAUUGCUAGGAUUGUAAAUAAAUCUGACAUUCCUGAUAUAAUCACGCCCAUUUCUAAAUGGCAGUCAUUGCUUUUUUGCUGAAA